AUGGUAUGGAGGGACAUUUUGAAGGUGGCUUUUAAGUGUCCACAGCUGCUGGAGGUAUUUAAGGCCAACUCAAAGAUCACCAUUGGGGAUGGGAGGCUCAUAAGUUUUUGGCUGGAUCAAUGGGUUGGUGGUGACUGUUUAAAGAACCUAUUCCCUAGAUUAUACUCUGUGUCUAUGCAGCAAGGUAUAUCAGUGGCAGUGAUUAAGAGUAGGAGUACUGGUAGUGGGGAGUGGGACUUGUCUUUCAGAAGAGCAUUGUUUCAAUGGGAAGUUGAAGAAUUGAGGAAAAUGAAGGAGUUGUUACAAACUGCUCCAGAGCUCAGGUAUGGGGUGGUAGAUGGGUUGUCUUGGGCUGCGGACAGAUCUGGAAUAUUUACUGUUUCGUCUGCCUACAAGUGGAGUGAGUUAACAUCUACCAUGCCUGCAAAAGUGGUGGAGCUCAUUUGGAAGAAUGCAGCACCUCCGAAAGUGCAAUUUUUUGCUUGGCUAGCAUGGAAAGGGAGGAUCAAGACUUCUACAUAUUUGCAAAGAAUUGGAAUCCUAAGUGCCAACUCUGAUGCUAAUUGUGUAUUCUGCAGAAAGGAAAGGGAAACUGUAUCCCAUGUGCUGCUGUGUUGUUCAUUUAGUUGGAGAGUUUGGUCUAAUAUUAUUGGAUGGUGGGGCGUAUCUUGGGUACAGCCGGGGUCAGUGGUGGGUCUUAUUCAAUGGUGGGCUGGGUUUAGAUGCAAAAACAGAUUGAAGGUAAUUUGGAAGAUAAUUCCACUGGCAGUGCUUUGGUCGUUAUGGAAGCUACGGAAUGAAAUCAUCUUUAACGAGUCACAGUUGGAUUUUGGAAAGUUGUGUGAUCUUAUCAAAACACGGGUUGCAAUGUGGUUCAGGGCCUUUAGUCCUUCCUUUUGCUAUUCUGUUGAUGAUCUGAGGAUGAUCUGUUUCUGUAGGGCCGUUGUAGUGAACUGCAGAUGUGUUGGGAUAACAAUUUUGGUGGGUGGUUUGGCUGAAGGGCUAUCUGAUCUAUCUGCUGCUGCUGUUGUAUUUAAUCAGUUUGAAGGACUACUGCUGUAUCUGAUCUAA